AUGGCCUGGACUUCAAGUGGCUUUAGAAAGGAUCAGUUACAGCCUGCUCAGCCCAGCCUAAGGCGUGCGGUGAACGGUCACGCUGAGGAUGGAAAUGAGCUGCAGACGACACCAGAGUUCAGAGCACACGUCGCAAAGAAACUGGGAGCAAUGCUGGACAGUUUCAUCACUGUCUUGAAGGACUCGUCAGGACCUUCACAAACUGCUGUGCAAGAGUCUGACUCUGGAGACGACGGUUUUCGCCUCUUCUCUUCCUCUGUCCCAGGAGACUGUGGGAAAUCGGAGCCUUGCCCUGCAGCAAGGCAGAGACAGCCGUCUAGCUCCAGUGACAUGGACAGUGACCAAGAGUGGCAAAGGUACCAAGAGGCUGCUGUGUCAGCCGCAGACAUUCUGAAGCAAAGUGCUUUUCCUGCACUGUCCCAGGAUUCCAGCUGGGAUCAGAGUCAGGCUUACUUAGAGCACAGUCAGAAAAACAAGAAGAAAAAGAAAAUUAGGGGAGAGAACAAUAUUCAAGAGAAAACAAUAGACCCAGCAGAGAGUGACCAGAUCAGCAAAGAUUUGCCACGGUUGGUGUCCACAAAUGGACAGCAUGAGAGACGGGACAGCAAUCAUACAGAGAGCUCAGUGUUGCCAGGAGUCAUGAAGAAGAAAAAGAAGAAGAAAAAAAGAGAAUGA